UAAUGAAAAAAUGACCAAUCAAGUCUUGGAUACCAGACAUGUUUCAAUAUGGCGAUGGCGGGUGUUGAAUUUUGUAGAGGAGAACAAGAAAUGGACGAAAACUACGUGAUGCAGUUACAGGCAUUGAUUCGAGGAUAUUUGACAAGGAGAAAUCUUCAACUUGUGCGAGAUGAAUAUGAACAGAUAUUUUCUGAAAUUGAAGGAAAUGAGAAAAUUUUUGUGUGUUGGCCCCUUCACAGUCUAUGUUUACCAAAAACACAAAAAGAUCGUCCAACAAAGAAAGUAUCACAUAGGUCAUUGGUUUUAGAUAAUCAGACACAAGUGGAAAAGGAUGUUUGUGAACCUGGAGAAGCAGUGUCACCUGUUACACAGGAUAACUUUGAUCUUUAUGUUCAAAAGGAAAAAAUUCAAGAAAAAUGUACUGCAGAAACUCAAACAAGUUUUAUAGAAGACUUUAAUCUGAAAUUAUCUCUUGGUUCUAGUCUUAUCUCACAAAAAACUGACACAGGUGAUGAUCAAGAUCACAGGAUGCAAGUCCAAGACAAUAUGUAUACAUCGAGCAGAGAAGACAGUUUUACAGAUCAUUCUGGAACUGACGAGGUUCCUGAUAUUGUCCAGCAGACAUUUGAUGACUCUAGCAUGAAGAAUAUGCAUCCAUCAUGUGCAUAUGAUGAAAAAAGCAGUCUCCCUCAAAAAUCACCAGAUUCAUCUGGGGGUUUUGAACACUCUGCAAAAACAUCAGGAAGCCGUUCAAGCUCUGGAAGAUCUCAAAUUAAGAGUUCAAUGAUUAGCUCUGAAAAAACUGAAGUUAGUAGAUCGAAAAGGUCAGGGGCUGAUUCUGAUAGGUCACACACCAGUUCUAUUAAAUCUAAUGAGAAGUCUCACAGGUCAGAUGUUGGGUCUUGUCGAUCAAUGGAAAAAGAUGAUAGGUCAGAGGUUAAAUCUGAUAGGUCAAAUGUCAGUUCAAGUCGAUCAAGUAUAAGAUCUGAUAGAUUAGAGAUAAAAUCGAAUAGGUCAAAUGUCAGUUCAGGUCGACUAAAUGUGAAAUCUGGUCAAUCAGACAGGUCAAAGCUCAGAGCUGAUAUGUCAACAGGCAGUAAGUCAGUGGGUCAUCCACAUAUUGAUGAGAGAGAACAAAGCCCGGAGUCGAUGACACCAAGACGGUACAUGCGUGAAUCAUCAGUCUUAACCAACGCCACCUCAGUGUGGGACAGUUUCUCUUCCACAACAGGUUAUACUCCCUCCACCAAACUGGAGACUAUUACAGAUGAUCCAGACUCCUUGAUGGAAAUGAGAAAAAACGUUGCUAUGGAGUUACUCUGGGUUCAACAGGCUAUCAGUAGUAGGAAAAAUUAUUUGAAGAUUAAGGGCCAAAUGAAGAUACCGAUGUCCAGUAUUUGAUGGCAAACUUAGAAUUUUUAAAUCAAAUAAAUGAGAAGAUGGUGCUGAUUAUAUGUGGGUUGUGAGAUUUAAAUUAAUUGUUGAAUUUUAUAUUUUAAAAGUGCUUCCAAUGAAAAAUAUUUGAGUAGUGAGACAUGUGUGCCUUUAAGAUAUUUUAUCACGUAUAUGAAACUAAAUAUCCUGUUCUACCACAUAAAAAAUCUUAAAGCUUUGCCAUCAUAUGGUCAGACACGUGGGUGAUAACACAAUUGUGAUGUCGUAAAUAAUGUAUGACAUCAUAAUACAUGAAAUGUCACUAUUUCAUCUGUAAGAUAUCCUCUAUACAAAAUGACAUUUUAUUGCAAACCAUUAAAUUAAGUUACAUAAUCAUAGAGCAAUGUUGAUUCAGUUAUCAACCAAACUAUAUAAUAUAUCUUGUAUGCUUUAUUAGCUGUAUUUAAAAUAUACUUUUCUUUUAAAUCACAUGAUAUAUUUAUAUAUUUCAUAAGAUAUGUUACAAAAGAUAUAUCUAAUAAACUUUAAAUAAAAUAUCUUAUAGAUUGUAUAUGAUAUCAUACACGUUAACAUCGCUCUAUGAAGUCAAUAAAUAAUGACAACUUGGCUUGACAUGAUAUUAUGUGAAUUUUACCUCUGAUCACUGAAAGAUAUUUUAGAAUUAUAAGUAAUACUCAUAUCAAAUACCUUAUAUGAAGUCAUACACAUAACUUAAUACACACUUGACAUCAAUACACAAUGUAUGUAUUGGAUUAGUUGAAAGCUACGUAGUAAAACGUAUGUGCUUACUGUACAUGUAAGUUUGUGUUUUUAUCUAUAAGAAGUUUAUAAUGAAUAAAAUUAUAAUGACAGUC